AUGCAGAUCUUCGUAAAAACUCUUACGGGGAAGACCAUUACACUUGAGGUUGAACCCUCGGAUACCAUCGAAAAUGUUAAAGCCAAGAUUCAAGACAAAGAAGGAAUCCCUCCAGAUCAACAGAGGUUGAUUUUUGCUGGUAAGCAGCUAGAAGAUGGGCGCACCCUAUCAGACUACAACAUCCAGAAGGAGUCCACACUUCAUCUUGUACUGCGGCUGAGAGGAGGAGCCAAGAAGCGCAAGAAGAAGAAUUACUCCACACCUAAAAAAAUUAAGCACAAGAAGAAGAAGGUCAAACUAGCCGUCUUAAGGUUUUACAAGGUCGACGAGAACGGCAAGAUCCAUCGUCUCCGUCGUGAGUGCACGGGCGAACAAUGCGGCGCUGGCGUCUUCAUGGCCGUGAUGGAGGACAGACAUUACUGCGGCAAGUGCCACAGUACUAUGGUCUUCAAGGACGACGACAAAUAG